UUCAAAUUAGAGCAGGCCCGUCAAAACAUUUCUGAAAUACGAAAUCGAAGUCUUAUUGCUUCAAUUUCUGUCCAGAUUGCGUUAAGGCUCCCAGCAUUUUGUGUGCAUAUUCUACGAAAAGAUGGACAAAGACAUUGAAAUGACGGACAUGUCGCAGGGGCCUUCUACUAGUAAAUCGAAGAACAUUAAGCUGGAAGAGCAGUCGCAGUCUGGAACUCCCACAACACUACCACCUUACAAUCAGUUCAUUGAAAAGUAUCGCAAGACAGUUCCGGAGAAGACCGAGUCUGAGCAAAUCUUUGAGGCCGCAGCAAUGUGGAACUCAAUGUCCGUGGAAGAGCGUAAAAAUUUUUGUUUCCCUGAAAAACAACCGAUGGACGACGCCCAAACUGAGGCGAACGAGGACGAGACCGAUCAAGAUGUUGCAAAUUUGAACAGAUCUUGCCUUGUGUCCUAAGGAAUCUGCGCCACAUUACAAGAAUUUAAUUAAAUGUUUGUUGACU